UUGUGAACAUUCUUAAUGGGGGAGAGAUAAGAGAAAGGUGAUGGGCACUGCCCCAGGCUCAGAUGGGCCCAGCAUAGAGUCUCAUCUAUUCUCACUCCAUCCAUAACUAGCUUGGCUCCAGUUAGUGACAAAUUGGCCGGGGAAGCUAAGGGAGCAAGGAAACAGAGUGCAUUCAGAAAAGGGUCAACUUUGGUCUCAUUUGAUUUAAACCUUCCUACAACAUCAGGAAAAGGGUAUAAACAUUGAAGUGAUGAAACAGACUGAGCAGCCAAAGCUGGGUGGAGCCCUCGUCACCAGGGAGGGCAGAGGAACACCACCAAAAGGGGGAAGAAAUUAGAAACAUGGACAGGAAAUCACAGCCUGGGCCCUGCUUCAGCAAAUCAGAAUAACAGGCCCAGAGGGAUAGGAGGAAAGAGCCUUUGUGGACCCAAAGAAAGUUCCUGACUCAAGAGAGUCUGAAGCUGGAUCUAUGUGAGAGUGGGGGGAAUGAUCAUUCAUCUGGGAGACCCCAGCACAUUUACAGCCGCCUCCACCAGGGCAUUAGCCCCUAAAAGAAGUUCAGAGGAGGACUGAGAAGACUAACUAUGGACCACUGGACUAACUCUGAUCCUGCUACAUCAGAAGUGAGGUCCACUGGAGGCGACGGAGAAGCCUUAUGUGUAGCAGAAGAGGAACCUGUUGGAGAAGACGAGGAAAUGGCAGCAUUCCCAUGCACCCAGAAUGGCCCAGCAGGGCCCAGCUGUAGCCGCUGUCAGAAGAACCUGUCCUUGCACACAUCCGUGAGAAUUCUGUACCUCUUCUUGGCCCUCCUGCUAGUGGCUGUGGCAGUUCUGGCUUCACUGGUGUUUAAGAAGGUUGACUCUCUCUCAGAAGACAUCACCAUCACGCAGUCAAACUAUGAGAAGAAGAUAGUUUCUGUGCAGGAAAAUCUCCAGGAAUUAGAUCAGAAAGCCCUGGGCAAUUGCUCCUUCUGCCAUGAUACAGGGCAGUUGGGACAAGAGAUCCACAAACUUCAGCAAGAGCUGGAGGAAAUACAAAAGAUGCUUCUAGUUCAGGAGAUUCAGCUGGAUCAGACAUCCCAGACCCAUCAGCAGCUCUUCUCGACUAGCAACCAAAUCACGGCUGUAGUAGACAGCUGUUCCUUCUCCAUCCACCAGGUCAACCAGACUCUGGGUCAGUUCCUGGCCCAAGUGAGGGGCUGGCAGGCUGCCAUGGCUGGCCUGGACUUUUCACUAAAGGGCCUGACCCAGGACUGCUAUGAUGUUAAGGCAGCUGUGCAGCAGAUCAACUUCACAGUAGGGCAGACCUCAGACUGGGUGCACAUGAUCCAGAGGAAGACAGAAGAAGAGACCCUGACCUUGCAGAAGAUGGUCAGUGAGUGGCAGAACUACACCCGACUCUUUGGGGGCCUGCGAGCUACCUCGGCCAAGACUGGGGAACUGGUCAAGAGCAUACAGAGCAGCCUCAGCACCGCCUCCCAGCGCAUCAACCAAAACUCCGAGGGCAUCCACGACCUGGUGCUGCAGGUGAUGGGGCUGCAGCUGCAGCUGGACAAUGUCUCCUCCUUCCUGGAUGACCACGAAGAGAACAUGCAUGACCUGCAGUACCACACACGCUAUGCCCAGAACCGAACCGUGGAGCGUUUUGAGACCCUGGAAGGGCGCAUGACUUCGCACGAGAUCGAGAUAAACACCAUCUUCACCAACAUCAAUGCCACAGACAACCAUGUCCACAGCAUGCUCAAGUACCUGGAUGACGUCCGGCUCUCCUGCACACUGGGCUUCCACACCCACGCCGAGGAACUCUACUACCUCAACAAGUCUGUCUCUGUCAUGCUGAGCACCACGGACCUGCUGAGGGAGCGCUUCAGCCUGCUCCGUGCCCGACUGGACUUUGACAUCCAGAACCUCUCAAUGGUCAUGGAGGAAAUGAAGGCUGUGGAUGUCCAGCAUGGAGCAAUCCUCCAGAAUGUCACUGUCCUAAGAGGCAUCCCUGGACCUCCAGGACCAAGAGGACUGAAGGGAGACAUGGGCGUGAAGGGACCCUAUGGGAGCAGGGGUCCCAAAGGAGACAAUGGCACUAUGGGGCCCCCUGGUCCCCAAGGUCCUCAGGGUCAGCCUGGUAAAGAAGGACCAGCAGGUGAAAGGGGACCCAGUGGCCUCAAAGGUUUCCCAGGCCUUAAAGGAUCUAAAGGCAGUUUUGGAUCAGCAGGACUAAGAGGACAACCAGGUCCCAAGGGUGAUAUGGGACCCCAAGGGCCAGAGGGACCCCCAGGUUCUCCAGGACCACCAGGACCUCAGGGCAAGCCAGGAAUCGCUGGGAAACCAGGAUCACCAGGCCAGGUUGGGCCCAUGGGUCCAAAAGGCGAGCCUGGGAUACAAGGUCCCCCUGGUCUUCCUGGGCCUCCAGGGCUACCAAGAAACCAGAGCCCUUAUUGAACAGAGUCCACUUCCUAGAAAUAUUGCCACACAAAAGUUCUGGGGAAAGGGACUGCCCAAAAUAGCCCAGGGACCCAUCAAGGAAGAAGCAUCUCCCCAAAGACAACUAUGCUUCCUUCAUCUCCACUGGGAUUCCUUCUGGAUCUGACCCUGUCCAUUUCCAGCUUUCAAAGGACUUCCUGCUUGCUGCUUUGACUAGUCCCAGUGGGGAAUGUUAGAACCCUAUCCAUCCUUACCCUCAAAGGCUAUUGUCAGAUAAAGAAGUUCCUAAAAACUAAAUUAGUGGAACUAAGCUUUUUAGUUCUUAGGGGGAAGAUGGGGAUGGGGAUGAUAUUGGUGAUGGGAGUGGUGAUGGUGCUCAUGAUCAUGAUGAUGAUUGUGGCAGAUUGAUGAUAAAGAAGCGGUAACUCCCUUUUUACUAUCUUCUUUCCCCUAAAGCCUUUCUCUACUGAACAGGGAUCUAACUGGACUAGUCUUGGGAGGAUGAAAGUGCAGGUCAUAAGGAAGGGCAGAUGGGUCUGGGAGUGUCCAGAUGGGAUUUGAGCAAAUUAGUCAGUGCAUAAAACUGGGAGUGAUUGCCCAGAAGAGGGUAUUGGACCAGUAUCAUCACUGAUGGGGCAAAUAUUCUCUCUUAUUCCCCCAUCAUAUCUAAUAUGACUAGGGCCAACCAAAUACUGGAUGUAUCAAGCAAUGACUACCUACCUAUGGAAACCACAAGCCUAUUUAGCCAUCAAAAAAGUUUCUUGGUUUGGACUGCACCAUUUUGGGGAUGACUCAGAAACCUUUUGAGGGAUAACUUCAGGGAGAAAUGUUCUUCUUGAUUGGAAUAGAAAUAAAUGACCAAAAAAAAAAAAAAAAGAAAAGAAAAAAGAAAUGACCAAGCUAUCCUCAUGGCCCUGUCUCUGGUUUCAACUAAAAGCAAGAUGCCUUUUUAAAAGGCCUCUUACCUCCCUGCCUUUUUUUUUUUGAGCAUAUGGCAGCCCAGUGAGAACUAAGGCAGAAGGGCAUCUUCACUUUAGAGAGAAAAUGCAGCAAAACCUAAAGUGUUAUUUUUGGUCUGGAACUGUAAUUUUAUUGGUGCAGAAGAUUUCUUGUGAUGUUACUCCCUUCACUAACAUAGAUCAGCACCUGCUCUGCACCUUCUAGUCUUAGAAAAACUGCUUAAAGUAGAUUGGUGAAAAUGGAUGGAGAAGGCCACCAAUGUUGGGAGGAGAAAGAGACAACAAACUGAAGAAGAAGAUCCUGGUUAAGUAUUUUCAUAUUUGGAUACUUUGGGAAAACAGCUCUUCAUUCAGAGAGUUCUCCCCCAAAACACACACACACACACACACACACACACACACACACACCCCUAACCCUGAGGCUGGCCCUCUCUGUUCCUUUAACAAAAACUCAUUGUUGUCACAAGGAGAUGUCCUAGGCAGCAGCACUCCUGCUAAUCAAAGCACUGCUCCCACUUCUUUAGGUUCAUCUAUCCCUAGCCCACACUGAACAGCUGCUCAUGCUAUAAACAGAUUUACAUUGGUCCCACGAGUAGUGCCUUUGUCCUCCCU